AUGUUCCGAUUCCACAAGACCCUCGACAUUGUCACCCUCUUCCACAAGGCCAACUCCCCGGCCUCCACCCGGAUCGUCAACCUCCUCAAGACGGCCUCGGCCAACGCCAGCCAAGCCGCCAACGAGGCGACGAACUCGACUCCCGCCAAGGCCCGUGAGCCAUUCGAGCUCAACAUCACCGAGGAGCCGCCGACUGAGGACCAGGUGAAGACUAUCCUGGAAUACAUUGGCCCUGCGGAAAUUCCUCAUGUCGUUAAGGGCGCGAAUAAUGUUACGGAGGCGUUGAAGAGGUUUAAGCAGGAUAGGAACAGCUUCCAGAGGCCGUUGGUUGUUGAUUGGAAUAAUGGAAAGGCUGUUGUGGGAGAGAAUGAGUCCGAGAUUCUCAAGAUGCUCGAGUCGGUCAAGAGGUGA